GGCUGCGGCCUCUCGCAGCAGUCACCGCCAUGGCCGGCCGAGCCCGCGGAUCCGCGCGCGCGCUGCUCGCCGCCCUGCUGGCGCCGGCGCUGGUGGCGCUGCUGGUGGCGCCGGCGCGGGGCCGGGGCGGCCGGGGUCACGGGGACUGGGACGCCGCCGUGGCGCUGCCGCCGCUGCCGCCCCGCGAGGACGCGGCGCGCGUGGCCCGCUUCGUGACGCACGUCUGCGACUGGGGCGCACUGGCCACCCUCUCCACGGACCAGGCGGUGCGCGGCUGGGCCUUCGCCGACGUCCUCUCGCUCAGCGACGGGCCCCCCGGCGCGGGCAGCGGCGUGCCCUACUUCUACCUGAGCCCGCUGCAGCAGUCCGUGGGCAACCUGCAGGAGAAUCCACAUGCUACCCUGACCAUGUCUUUGGCACAGACUAACUUCUGCAGGAAACAGGGAUUUGAUCCCCAAAGUCCCCUCUGUGCUCACAUAAUUCUGUCAGGAACUGUUACCAAGGUGAACGAAUCAGAAAUGGACUUUGCCAAGCAGUCGCUGUUCGUCCGACACCCUGAGAUGAAAACGUGGCCCUCCAGCCACAAUUGGUUCUUUGCGAAGUUGAAUAUAACCAACAUCUGGGUCCUGGACUACUUCGGUGGACCCAAAAUAGUGACACCCGAAGAAUAUUAUAAUGUCACAUUUCAGUGAAGCAGAAUACAGCGAGUUAACAGCACCCGGCGGGUUGCUUGGGAUGCUCCCACAGACUGGAAGGGCUUAACGCGUCUCUGUGGAAUGUUUCCCAGAUGCACGUGCUGAUUUGCUUGCUUGCUCGUUCGCUCGCUCGCUUACAAGAUAGCGCCGGACCGAUCCUGGAUUUCUCGGAAGACGUGGUUGCUGGAUCUUUUUUUUUUUUUUUUCAAAUUUUGAAGCCAUUUUCAUAGAGUUAUGCCUUCAUUAUGACCCAAGAAGCUUUGGUCUGUCAAUUCCAAAUGGUUUUCUAACGGGGCUCCUGGAAGAGGGGUGGGUGCCAGAUUUAGAUUGCCCAUUGGCGUUUGAAGGUACUUGAAGACGUGUGGGUGCUUUCCGGAAGCCCCCCGGGCUGGGGAGGGGGCCUCGCUCACCCACGGCUGCACCAGCACUGCCCAAGCCUGCUCGGCAGGGCUGGCCUGUGUCACCGCGCGCCUGCAGGUAUGUGGCCGAGCCAGACUGUGGCGGGCCACUGCUGGACCUUCCUCCCCGUGGUCCAUUUGUGUCUGACGGUCCUGGGUGGUGUUGAUCCAACGUAGGGCGAUACUUCUUAUAAAAGAACUUCUUUUUCCACUUUUCAAAUCCGAAGUGAUAAUUACCUAGAACGAGAGAAGUCCAUAAAAGCUUCUGAAUGUCAUUUGCCCCCCUGUGUGGACACCGUGUAAUCCUCGUCCUCCACUCAAGACACACCUACGCACAUGUACACGCUGUCUUAUUUUACUUUUUGCCCCCACAUGGCUUGCAAAAGGAAAAAGAGGGGUGAAGGGGAUUUUGUGGAAAUCAUUUCCCUGUUUUGUAAGUUAAGUUUCCUGGACAUAGACCAGCUUGAGCCAGGUCCAAAGCCCGCGGCUGCCCAGUGCACUCUGUAGCUUGUCAAAUAACGGCGCUGUCAACAGUGGCCUAAGGCUUCGUCAGCUCUUCUGAACCUUCAAAUGGCUCCCAUGUUGUUACCACCUAACGGGUCGUCGGGGAGAAGAUAACACGACUUUAAAAACCAACCACAUUUCUCCAGAAAAGAAGAAACUGUUUGCUUUUGCGGCCUAUAUACGUGAUUUCCGAAGAUGAGGGAAAGUGCCUCGUAAAGAAGUGUGUCAGGAAUCAAGCCACUGAAUCGCUAGCUAAGAGGAAGGAAGUUGAAUGGGAGUCAUCGUGUUUGAAAACUACAGAGCGAACCUACCUAAAAUUCAGCAAACGGCUUCUGAUUAAGAAAAAUGACUUAUCUUAAACUUGGCAAAAUAGGUUUAUUCCUCAACAUAAUUAAAAGCGUUAUUUUCCUGAAA